GAACAGGCCGAAUUUUGUAGCGGGCGUAUGCACAGGCCACACAGAAAUUCACCUGAACAUACGUAGAUGUGCGCAAAGGAAAAUGGUGGAGGGCACAGAGGUGUGAGAAGAUAAGCGCGCGCGACGACGCGGCGCGUCGCGGCGCCACUACUGCAGCGUAACGUAACGUAGAAAGUCAGUCCGACGGCGGCGCCUCACCAGUCGUACGCGUUAGGACGCGCUCUUUCGUGGCCCAGCAAUCAGAAAGCGGCCACUCGUGAUUUCGUAUAACCCUUCAGUGCCUCCAAAGAAAAUCGUCUUCGACCGAAUAAAUUUUUAUCCGAACAAACGGACAACAAACGAUACACGAAGCUGCUAGUUAAACAAAUCCUACAAUAAGAUCAAAAGUAAGGAAUAGAAGAAUUUGGAAAAAGAGAGGCAUAGCAUCGGAAGAUAGAAGAGACUCACGGAGGAUCGCGAUUGGAUGCCCGAUCCAAAGAUCGUCAGUGAUCGUCUUGUAUUAAGAGAAAACAGAAUUUUCGUCUGCACGCUGAUCGCGAACGGAUCGAAUCGAACGGAUUGAUCAUCGAAGAUCGAAGAGAGGUUUUCAAGAGACCAAGUCGCUGGAUCAAGUGCCUUGUUCUUUCUAUAUCGCCCCUGGGCGGCUCCUGGCUCUCGCGAGUAUCAUCGGUCCAAACUGACGGACUUAUUCUCAGUUCUCGCGGUACAAGCUCCAACCACCGGCAGCAGAAUGUUUCCCUUCUCGAGAGCUUUCCCGCCGAUUCUCUUCGCCACGCUCUUCGUUUGUAUCGGGCUGACACACAGUCUCAAAUGUUAUAAAUGCGGACAGUACAACGAGGGAGUCGGUAGCAUCACGCCGUGCAUCAAUUAUACCGCUCACAUGCAUCUAAAGGAGUGUUUACCCACGGCCGAAUGGUGCAUUAAAUAUGUCAGCGAGGGCUCGACAGUUCGAGACUGCGUACCAAUGUGCACAGAGAAGGAGGCCUGGAGCACGAGGACGUACUGUUGUCAGGAAGACGGUUGCAACUCAGCUCCAUCGUUCGUAUCUAACAGCUGCUUGACGAUGCUUGCGAUCACGAUGGCGGCCCUGAUGCUUCGUGGCUAAUACGUCGUUUCCGGCGACCAAGAGACCGCGAAUGGAAGCAACGGGAUCCCUGUAACGCGAGAAUCGCAGCGCUAACCGAUUAUCGUCGAUUAUUGUCCUGGCCCUCUUGCCGAUUGGACGCCGACCAAUCGAUAGCCGUCGCCGAUCGAUAUCACGUUCCUAUCCUAAUCGAUUUUUCUUAUCCCCGUUUCCACUUAUCUCUCCUCCUUCUUCUUCUUCUUCUUUUUCAUUAUAAAUUGAUUUUAGUCACGAAAUUGGAACAAUGAGAAUCAUUUAGGAUAAUUUUAUUAAAAGAAUGGAAAAUCUUUCCUGACUUUUAUUCUCGUUCAUUUUCUCUUCUUUUAUCCCGGAGCAAUUUAUCUUUUCUUUGUUGAAAGAAAUAUCUAUCGGUGUAUAAUAACCGUAUUUGCUAAUGAACAUGGUUUCGCUAGUAUAAUACUCGGUUCGAACAAAUUCAUGUACAAACAACAACGAAACAUAAACAAGCAAGUGCUAUCGUUUCUUGUGGUUAAAAAUAAUUCAAAUAUAAGUAGUAACAUGAUUCUUUUCCUUUCAAUUGUUCGGUCUUUGUUUUCUAGAACCAUUCGCGAACGAUCUUAUUCAGCUUAAAUUUAUUAUAUUAGCCAUUUAAAAUACUUUUAUCUCGUUCUACAAAUAAGGCCGAUUGCGAAAAAGUUCAAUUCUCUUUCUUCUCCUAGGAACUGUUACGCGGGUGUUCUUUUCCCCGGCCGAAACAUUUCCAACAUAUUCUCAAACUAAAUGCAUAUUUUUAUAUAAAUUAAACGUAUAUUCUAAGUUUUCAAAUAUUUAGCACCGUAAUUAUUAUUGGCGCCUCGUAAAUUACUUUAUAUAAUAAUUCUGUUGACGCAACUAUUAUGCCCUUGCGAAACAAAUCGAAUAUUCAUUACCAUUGCAUCUACACUCUUAGAAGAAGAGUUACGCUGAUGCUCGCCUCCAACAUCUUCGCUAUUGAUCCUUCAAUUCGAUUUAUUCCAAAACUUUCCAUUCCAUCGCUGUGUUUCCUUGACUUUCCGUUCGCGGUUGCGUCGCGUCGUCAUUACGAGCGUCGGAUUUCUUCAGUCAGGCGUCCGUUCAAACUUGAGUUAAACCAAUGAAAUGGUAUUCUUCGGGACUUUGUACAUCGAUGUCUUAUUCGUAUUAUGUACUCGUUUUGAACAUUUCUUAGUAUCGUGGAAUAAUUUUUCAACUUCUUAACUGAUCAAACCGAGUUAUCCCAAACUCACCAUUUAGAUUCACGAUUCACGAUUAAAUAUAAUUCUUUUAUUUAUAGAAUUUUUAUUAUUUAAUCGACUAAUCGUUAUAGGUUUCAUUUGGGGAUUAAACAAGCAAAUCCCUCUAUCGCAUAGAAGACUUUUAUUUUUCAAAUAAACGAUAUUUAAAAGCGUAUCGAUCGAAUCUACUGAAAAUACAAAUCUAAACCCGUUGAUAGACCUAGAGGAAAGAAUGAACUUAAAUCUAUAAAAAAUAGCCUGAGAAUAUUGAAAAUUUUUUUUAUAUACAUGUAUAUGUACGUAUGCAUGUACGUAUGUAUGUAUAAAUACGUACACAUAUAAAAUAAUACAACAAUCUUAGAAAAGAAGUUGUUUAUCAGCGUUUCAUUUUUGUUAAACAUGAAAAAGAUAAAUUAUACCACGUUUAUACUUGCAUCGGAUAUAGCCGCCUUAAUAAAUUAAAUGUUUACAUUGUAUUUGAUUUAUCUAAUCUCUGCACAUAUUAUAAUUUAUAAUUAUUCAUCGUUCAAUUUUUUACUUCGACUUUUAGUAGUUUUCCUUUUUCAUCGUAUGUCGAUUGCGAGGCUCGAAGAGUACGGUAGAUCUCUCUGUCGAAAGCGAAUUUUACUCGGCAUUCUGUAUUUAACAAGAACGAUGAUCUUUUCUUCGUUUUCAAUGAAAAAUUACUCCCUCUCCGUAUUCUUUGUUCGCCGCGAAGCUUUACUUCUCCGCUUCUCGCCUUAAAAGACUUUUCCCUUGAUUCUCGAUAAUCGAUUUUCCAUUUCUUCAUUGCCUCAGAAUCCUGCUCAUUUUACGAAUCGGUUUUCCAUUUGGCUCCUCAACUUCUUCCAUUUACCAAGCUUAUUAUUCCACAUUUUCCUUCGUGACGGCCGCUUUUUUGUUUCUUCGCUGAACCUUUCCCGAUACCCCGAGUAUGUUCUUCGAGUCGCUCCUUCCGAUCUUCCAUAGGACGUUCGUCCUAUCCUUUUUCUCAACCAGACAAACAAAAGAAAUAUUAAGCUAAAUACAAUGGCGACGACUGUCGAUUCCAGUCGAGCAAGGACGGUCACCGCGAUCUCGAGGCAAAAUAUGUCGGACCACAAGAAACUCGUGCCCGUGAUCUCGAUGGCGAAUGAGCGCCAAACGUAAAAUCGGAAACAGAAAAGAACAGAGCGCGAAGACAAAGGGAUUCCCAAAGUGGCUGGAUCGUUCGUGGUCGAUCCAUCUUUCUAUAGAUCGUAAGAUUUAAGAACGAGAGAAGGUCGACGGUUUGCGGGUAAACAACGCGAUAAAAGUUGAAAGAGGAGAAAGAUAGGAACCGCGGAAGAAGAGAAAUCGAACCCGCGUGAAUAUACAUACAAUGUAUAUUACGUAACCUACAUACAGACAACAGUUUAACGAGGAACAGUGAGGAUAAUAAUGAUAACGUUAUUAUUAUGGAUUAUUAAUACUAUUAUUAUUAUUGGUUUAUUAUUAUUAUUAUCGUGAAUUAUUAUUACUAUAUUGCUACUAAUUACUACUAAUCACUACUAUUACGAUUAACUAUUACCAUUACUAAAGAUUAACGACACUAAACAGGAAACAUUACACCGAUUAUACAUAAACUGAAUUAUGCAUAUAUGCAUGUGUAUGCGCGCGCGCGCGCGCGUGUGUGUAUAUAUAUAUAUAUAUAUAUAUAUGUGUAUAUAUAUAUAUGUAUAUGUAUAUAUGCAUAUAUACAUACACAUAUAUACAUAACAGAGAUAAAGACCGAUAGGCGGCGAAAUUGAAUGGAAAGUUUGUCGAUUAUUACUACUACCGUAUUGUAACUUGUAACCGCUUUGAAGUAGCCUUAAUAAUUGUAAUUAACGAACGCACGCGUGAGAUAUUAAAACAAACUACGUGUACGUUAUUGGUUGGCGUGAGGAGACAGCGCAUUGCCCCGUUUCGAUUCUCUCUACAUCAUAUCUUUCUUUCUUUUUUCUAUUCUUCUUCUUCUUUUCCUUUCUUGUCAAAUUAAAUCUACCAGGAAAUCACCCUGUAGAGUCUCGUGAGAUUUUAAAUUCAAGGAGUAGCUUCUCAAUCAACAGUUUCAAUUUUUCCACAAUUUUCUAUUUUCAUGCUGCUCGCAGGGUCCGUCGAUUAACAGAUCAUUCGUCUAACAACGAAUCGAUUACCAAGAGUAGAGAUUUACGAGAGUAGCGAUUGUCGCACGAGAUAAUUUUCAGUUCCGUUCUACCACUGAAGCACCCGAUCGCAUAUCCAAUGCUCUCUCUCUCUCUCUCUAGGUUUUACAAAUUUAAAUCAAAUUAAAAAUAGAAUAAAUUUUCCUUCUCUAUCAAGUUCUUUUUUUCUUUUUAUUAAAUGGUAAACCGUCAUGCUCGCGAUUUUUUUAAUAAUUUUACAAAUUAAGUAAGAAACAAAGUGCCACUUAUUUUCAAUUGUCAUCAUUUUUAAAAAACAGAAUUCGGUCACACGAUCGAGAUCGAGAUUGAAACGAGCGCAUCCGUUCUCUUCUCUCCACUGACCAACGUCUGAAAAUUCCUAAACAGUAUGAACGUAGUACUAUUUAUAGUAGUACUAUUAGCCGGUAAGAGUAAGCCAAGCGAGUCACAAAACUAUAGAGGAAAUGGUAAUCUACCAGUUUCGCGAACAAGUGCAAAGAAAAAUUAAAAAAUCUAAAAAAAAAAAAAAAAAUCACGAACGUAGCGCGUCAGAAAUUUACUAGCGAUUACAUAUCUGUUCUUCUGAAAUUAGACCAAGAGACGAUUUAUCUAAAGUGAGACUUAGCUCGAGGUGUAGCGUAAACGAUACUUAACGCUUAAUCUGUUUCCCGUCAUGGAUGUCGACCGAUCGAUUAACGUUGUUGUUAUUGUUGGGCGAAUGUUUCGAGGUAGAUAUAGCAACGUGAGACUGUGAAGCGUAAAGUAAAUAUUUAAAUUAUUCGAUUUCUUUAGGAAGAUAACGCAAGUAAACCGAUUUAUCUAGUCGCGGGUUUUUGAUGAAACGUUAUUUCAUUCGCGACGAGAAAGUUAGAUUAAGUUUGGGUUUGGUACUGCCAUUAUGUACUGCAAUGGAAAUUUGCGAAUUUGAAUAGAUAAUGGAUAUAACGGAGAAGUAGUGUAACAUGUACACGACAAAAAGAACUAAAGGUGGAAAAGUUAGCGCAGAAUGGAAUGGAAUUUGAAAUAAAAAUUUCUCGUCUGACGAGAUCCGAUGAUAGUGAUAUCGGCAUUGGAAAUUUGUCAAGUCACGGUAUCAUGCGAUAUGGUACAAAUGUUAGGAAUUUGUCAAACGUUGUCACGUCGCGAUAUUCGUCAUUAUUCCGAUAUUCGCACCAUAUCCUUCUGCCCAACUAUUCUUAUAUAUACAUAGUUAAUUAUAUACAUGCAUGUAUAUAAUUAAUAUUCUGGUACUUAUGAUUAGUAUAACGAAAGGCACGGUCACGAAUUGAACUUAACAACGACACGACGACACGAACCACUCGUUGAAGCUUCCACUGUUUAAAUCCGAUAGCAAUAAGGCGCUUCAGGCUUGAAAUACGAAAAGCUACACGAGUUAUCGAUUUGAUAAUUAAUUAAGAAAGAUGUUUCGUCAGAGACGCAAGAGAAAUUCGAGUACGAAUAUCCUGAUUCAAUGAUAUUUUGAAGUAAAGAAAGAAUGUUCGCAUUACGGCCACAAUCGUCGUGGAUUACCAGUUCAAGCAUCGCUUACACUUUAUCCAUGUAUUUUUAUAACGCAAAGUGAUGUUACGCGUAGAUUCACGAUCGUUGUGGCUCGAACCUCCAUCUUCCACGCGGACGUACGAUACACGCGUGCAUGAUAUAUGAACUUAACCCUUUCAUAGGCGGCGAAAAUAGUUGAAAAUAAAUUUCCCUCUUCCUCUAUGCUGCUAAACCAAAUGCGUAAACCAUCGUAGAAAACGGAAAAUCCAAUUUUAGUACAAAUAUGAAUUUAAUAAAAUAUAUUCGGCACUGCUGAUGAUAUUUACCAUCCUUGUUUCUAACGGAUGGUACAAAGGAACCUUAUUCGUAAGCAAUGGUAGAAAAAAAGAGAGACGAAUCAAUGAAAACAAACAUAGAAUAUAUUUUAUUGAAUACGAUGCUUGGUACUGAAAUUGUUGCUUUCUUACAAAAAUUAGUAGAGUCGAAGGAAAUUUUGUGCCCACGAAAGGGUUAAGAAAAAUCAAAGGUAGUAGAAUAAACAUAGAUUUUUAAUGAUCUCUACCUCGAAUCAUUUCGUAUUGUUAUACGUAUACAAUAGAGAAAGGAUUGUGAGAAGGAAAGGACGGAAUGAGUCAUCGAAGAAGAGAAGAGAGAACGAGAUCGAUGAAAUGCUUUCGAACAAUAAAUUAACGAGUUGCGACGCCAUAUCACGAUAAUUCUAGGCGACUUCUUUAGCGUGUAAGAUUUUACUAUAUCCAACGAGGGAGUCUCUGUAACGAUAAUAAAUCUAACAUCGUUCCAAGCUCUUAAUAAUUUGGCAGAGUUCAACGAGUAAACGAGAAAUUAGAAAAAAAAGACAAGCCUGCGCCUGAAAUCGAGGAAAUGCGUGUCGCGCAAACGAAGACCGUCGUGCGCACAUGGACACUAGAUUUUCGCGAGAAAAAGUUGUUUGGGGCUGCGAGUAUAGAUGUUACGAGGUUUCAACGUACAGCAGCGUGACAUUUUACAUUCGCUUCCAGCACUGUUUUGAUAGGUACGUUAUUAAAGAGGUUCGUGAGAGACAAAACCGAUAAAAAAAAAAAAAAACAUACGUCUAAAUAAGACAAUUGUCCUUUUUUACUUCCUAUUUUUUCGUUCCUUAAUUUAAAGAGUAUGCGCAAAGAGGAGGGACGAAGGGAAAUGCGAGAUCAGAGGGUUAGAAAGUUAAGGAGAGUUGCGCAAAACUUUAUUCGUUCGCUUCGCUGAAUGAAUAAGCUCGUACUGUCGUCUUCUCUUUUUUCUUCCUGUACUGAUUUAGAAAGUUGGUGGUAAGAGACGAAAUAGAGUGUGAGACUAGAAAGCGAAAAGUAUAUCAUUUGGUCUUUACGGUGAACGAUAAAUUCUUACUAGUGUGCAUUUCGACGAUUUAUUAUUUAAAGCGAUGUGCGAUUUAUGCGGCGGUGGCUUCGAGUGAAAGAAUUUUAUUCUUGUGUUAUUUUUCAUUUUAUUAAUUAUCGUGGAAGGAUUUCACAGUCUUCGAAAUUUUUGAAACGAAAGAGCAAGAGAGUCAAAAGUGGUCGUCAAAAGUAGUCAAAAGCGGAAAAAGCAAAGUGGUCAAGCUGGCUCAUCGAAUGGAUAUAUACAGGGUGUUUGGCUGCAGAUGUAACAAAAUUUAAGGAGUGACUCUUGAAGCUAAAGUAAAAUGAAAGUCGAGAAUAGAAA